CUCUGUAGCUAUGCUAAUUCUCAGCUCGGUUUCGAGGUCACGUUCAGGUUCUGGCUGAGGCCUGACGCCUCCGGGACUUAUUUAUCCUCCUUCCUCUGUCGCUCGAAGCCGAAAAUAAACCGCAAAUGGUGGCUAGUUGGCGUUUUCACUUCUUAAAGGAGCAUCCAGAGGGACAUGAAGCUCAGACCAUGGACCAAGUCACCUUCCGCAGUGACACCGUGCUCUCUGAUGUGCACUUACUGCUCCCGAACGCUCGUCAUCUCAUGACUCGUCUCAAUAGCGUCGGACAACCAGGUGAGCGUUUCACAGUUUUUUUGUCAAAGUUCAGGAUUCUGCAGAAGGAGGAGCAGAAGGAGGUGUGUUCUCCGGCAAAGGAGUCACCACACUCUCAUCUGGACGAAGACGGAGACCUGGAUGUCGCGAGGAAGCCGACAGAGACGGCGCGGGACCGAGAAACCGCUCACCCCGUCAUCCUGAGCCAGGCUGAAGGAGCGACGAGUGACGAAGAGGAGGAAGACGAUGACAAAAUGGACGUCAUAAAGAUUGAGCACACGAUGGCGACGCCGCUGGAGGACGUCGGAAAGCAAAUCUGGCGAGGAGCUUUCCUGCUCUCCGACUUCAUCCUGUCCAACCCAGCUACGUUCAGAGGAACGACGGUGCUCGAGCUGGGAGCAGGAACCGGAUUCGCCAGCGUCGUCGCUGCAAGCGUGGCGAAAACGGUCUACUGCACAGAUGUUGGUGAAGAUCUCCUCAGCAUGUGUCAGAGAAACAUGCAUUUGAAUCAGCGUUAUAUUGCAGCAUCAGACGGGCGUGGUGUGAAAGUGCGACAGCUGGACUGGACCGCAGAUGAUUUCCUCAGAGAUGUGGAUUCAGAAUUCGGCUGGAGCGAGGACGAGAUCUCUGACCUCCACGAUAACACCACGGUCAUCAUCGCAGCAGAUGUGUGCUAUGACGAUGACCUGACUGAUGCCCUGUUUCGGACUCUGUACCGCAUUUCCAGUAACCUGCGUCACUCCAGCACCAUCUACAUUAGCGUCGAGAAAAGGUUGAACUUCACACUGCGCCACAUGGACGUGUCGUGCGAGGCGUAUGAUCAUUUCCAUCGCUCCCUGGACCAGAUCGCAGAGCUGAGAGAGAAGGAAACGAAGUUCACGGUGUCACCGGUGUCCUGCUCCUUCCCUCAGUUCUUCCAGUAUGAACGAGUGAACCAACUGGUGUAAAAUACCAAAAAAUGAAAAGGACCUGAAGCAAAAGUUUGGGCACCUGACAUGGUCAGUACUUAGUAACACCCCCUUUGGCAAGUAUCACAGCUUGUAAACACUUUUUGUAGCCAGCUAAUAAUCUUUCAGUUCUUACGUGGGGGAUUUUCACGCAUUCGUCCUUGCAAAAGGCUUCCAGUUCUACAAGUUUCUUGGGCUGUCUUGCAUGCACUGCUCUUUUGAGAUCUAUCCACAGAUUUUCACUGAUGUUUAGGUCAGGGGACUGUGAGGGCCAUGGCAAAACCUUCAGCUUGGGCCUCUUGAGGUAUUCCGUUGUAGAUUUUGAGGUGUGUUUUGGAUCAUUGUCUUAUUGUAGGACCCUUCCUCUUUUUAACUUCAACUUUUUUACAGAUGGUGUGAUGUUUGCUUCCAGAGUUUGCUGGUAUUUAUUCGAAUCCAUGCUUCCCUCGACCAAUGAAAUGUGCCCUGUGCCACUGGCUGCAACACAACCCCGAAGCAUGAUCGAUCCACACCCAUGCUUCAGAGUCGGAGAGGUGUUCUUUUCCUGGAAUUUGGCAUCCUUUUUUCUCCAAACAUACCUUUGCACAUUGUGGCCAAAAAGUUCUAUUUUGAUUUCAUCAGUUCACAGGACUUGUUUCCAAAAUGCAUCAGGCUUGCUUAGAUGUUCAUUUGCAAACUUCAGACGCUGAAUUUUGUGGCUAGGACGCAGGAAAGGUUUCGUCUGAUGACUCUUCCAUGAAGGUCAUAUUUGUGCAGGUGUCGCUGCAUAGUAGAACAGUGCACCACCACUCCAGGGUCUGCUAGAUCUUUCUGAAGGUCUUUUGCAGUCAAACAGGGGUUUUUAUUUGCCUUUCUAGCAAUCCAACGAGCAGUUCUUUCAGAAAGUUUUCUUCAUCUUCCAGACCUCACCUUGAUCUCCACUGUUUCUGUUAACUGCCAUUCCUUAAUAACAUUACGAUCUGAGGAAACAGCUACCUGAAAACACUUUGCUACGUUCUUGUAGCCUUCUCCUGCUUUGUGAGCAUCAAUUAUUUUAUUAUUCAGAAUGCGAGGGAGUUGCUUAGAGGAGCCCAUGGCUGUUGAUUUUAGGGACAAGUUUGAGGAGUCAGAGAAUUUAUACAGCUUUGAAAUCUGCAUCAUCUGACCUUUCCUAAUGAAGAAUUUGAACAAGCCACAGCUCAGUAAGCUAAUUAAGGUCUGGAACCUUGGUAAAAGUUACCUGAGAACUCAAAUGUAUUGGGGUGCCCAAACUUUCGCAUGGUGUUCCUUUUCUUUUUUCACUCUCCAAUUGUACAAAACAAAAAUAAUACGCAAAUCCUGCAUAAAACGCUGAAAAGAAAUGUGUCAUCUUUACGUUUAUGCCUUUUGGUGAUCAGUUCAUCUUCUGCUCACUUAACUAUUCACAGUAACAGACAUUUUCAGCAAGGGUGCCCAAACUUUUUCACACCACUGUAUUGAAU